AAGUAAUGUAUAAUAAUAGAAAAGCCUUAUUUGUAUGCAAUUGUGAUUAAAAGAUAUUCACAGAAUGACAACGAUGCGUUUGUACUUCGAGUCGAGUACAUAAUCUACAAUUCUGUAUUCUAUGAUUAAAAUCGAAGCAUGCGGUGGUGUGCAAGUACGGAAACUCCUUCGAAAAGGUUGUAAGGAGUUUCCUCCACGUUUUUGAUUUUGACAGGUACAUAGCUGUAUACGUGCCUAUUAAAUAUAAGGAAGCAGGCAGAUAAUUUAUCAUCAUGCCGCCUAAAAAGUCUAUGGAGGAAACAGAUCGCCUGACUCGUAUAGCUAUUGUUAAUUCAGAUAAAUGUAAACCAAAACGAUGCAGGCAGGAAUGUAAACGAUCUUGUCCAGUUGUACGGAUGGGUAAACUUUGUAUAGAAGUUAAUCCAAAUAGCAAAAUAGCAUCUAUUUCAGAAGAAUUAUGUAUUGGAUGUGGUAUUUGUGUUAAGAAAUGUCCAUUUGAGGCAAUAUCCAUUAUUAAUCUUCCUAGUAAUUUAGAAAAAGAAACUACUCAUCGUUAUUCAAAGAAUUCAUUUAAACUACAUAGAUUGCCAAUUCCACGUCCUGGAGAAGUGUUAGGUUUGGUAGGAACUAAUGGAAUUGGUAAAUCAACUGCUCUUAAAAUUUUAGCAGGCAAGCAGAAGCCGAAUUUAGGUCGAUUCACUGAUCCACCAGACUGGACUGAAAUCUUGAGUCACUUUAGGGGUAGCGAGUUGCAAAAUUAUUUUACCAAAAUAUUGGAGGAUGAUUUAAAGGCCCUUAUUAAGCCUCAGUAUGUAGAUCAAAUCCCUAAGGCUGUAAAAGGCACGGUGCAACAACUUUUAGAUAAAAAAGAUGAAUGUAAAAAUCAAAUAGACAUUUGUAAAAUGUUAGAUUUGAUGCAUAUACGUGACAGAGGCAUUGAUGCACUUUCUGGUGGAGAACUUCAACGAUUCGCUUGUGCUAUGGUGUGCAUUCAAAACGGAGAUAUUUUUAUGUUUGACGAACCGUCGUCAUACUUAGAUGUAAAGCAACGUCUAAAUGCUGCUUUAACAAUCAGAUCUCUUAUUCACCCUGACAAGUUUAUUAUAGUAGUGGAACAUGACUUGUCAGUUUUGGAUUACUUAUCAGACUUUAUAUGUUGCCUUUAUGGUGUUCCUGGAGCUUAUGGUGUUGUAACUAUGCCUUUCUCUGUGAGAGAAGGUAUAAACAUUUUCCUUGACGGUUUCGUUCCCACUGAGAAUCUGAGAUUCCGCGAGGAAUCUCUUGUCUUCAAAGUAGCAGAAAGCGCAACUGAAGAGGAAGUGAAACGCAUGAAUCACUAUGAAUAUCCAUCAAUGACAAAAACGAUGGGAUCCUUUCAAUUGAACGUUGAGAAAGGUCAGUUCACUGACUCGGAAAUUCUCGUGUUACUUGGAGAGAAUGGAACUGGGAAAACGACGUUUAUUAGAAUGUUGGCUGGUAAUUUGCCACCUGACGAUGGCUCUGGAAGUAUUCCUCUAUUGCAUAUCAGUUAUAAACCACAGAAGAUAAGUCCUAAAUCUCAAGGCAUCGUGCGACAACUGUUGCAUGAAAAGAUUAGAGACGCUUACGUACAUCCUCAGUUCGUGACGGACGUUAUGAAACCUUUAAAGAUAGACGACAUCAUGGAUCAAGAGGUGCAAAAUCUUUCUGGAGGCGAAUUGCAGCGAGUGGCUCUUGCUCUGUGUCUCGGAAAACCGGCUGAUGUUUAUUUGAUCGAUGAACCCUCCGCUUACUUGGAUUCCGAGCAACGUUUGGUGGCAGCUAAAGUGAUAAAACGAUUUAUACUGCACGCGAAGAAAACAGGAUUUGUAGUAGAGCACGAUUUUAUCAUGGCUACAUACUUGGCUGAUCGCGUAAUAGUAUUCUCUGGUACACCAUCAUUGGCAACAGUAGCUCAUAGUCCACAAUCUUUACUGAAUGGCAUGAACAGAUUCUUGGAACUAUUAGGCAUUACUUUCAGAAGAGAUCCAAACAACUUUAGACCAAGGAUUAAUAAAAAUCAAUCUGUAAAAGACUUGGAGCAAAAACGAGCAGGACAAUACUUCUUCCUAGAGGAGUGAGAUGUGAUCUCGACAACGAGUUGAAUAGCAGCUUAUAUGAAAUACUGUGAAGGAAUUUUUGUAAAUCUUUAUACUUUUAAAAGCCGGGAAUAGAAUUCUUACAAUAUAUUAAAUAUCGGUGACGCAUGUUUUGCGUUUGCUCAAAAUAUUAUUCGUUUCGGCACGUCAGUUCUUCUACUUGUAUAAUAUAUUUAUUUUAGUAAAUAUAUAAAAGCAAGUCUCGUGAAGUGUAUUACGACAGAAAGGAAAUUUCAUUUCAGGAGAAAUACAAACGUAUUUUUGUAUAACAUAUUGCCAUGAUAAAUUUAUUUAUAUUCAUCGA